UCUACAGAGAGCGGACUGAAUUCUCUAAAGCCAUCAGAGUUGUCAACAAAUCUCUACGUAGUUGCAAUUCACUAUUGCAAACCAACAGACCCAAAUGCGCGUAUCUUACGUGCAGAAGAAGCGUCUCGGUCGUGCUCACCCAAGCGCCCUGUAACGUUAGGUCUCUGGUAAAGUUCCGGGGUGUAUUCACGUAUCUCUGUCGCUUAGCUGGUUAGCGUAGCUCCCACAGCCGCCCGGAUGCGGUGAAGCCCCGCAGGUUUAGCUUCAGCUCUGGCCUUCCGACGUGCACAAGCGGCUUCAAUCAUGUCGAGCGCUCGUCAGCAACAGUCUGGCGGUGCGCCGGGGUCUGUCCCCGGAACGAGCUCCGGAGGUACGAGCAGUGGGAGCGGCGGUGCGCAGAACGGGAGCAGCUCCGGUAAUGGGGUUUCUUCGCGGACUCCGGGAGCCGAGGGGCAAAGCGCUCGCAUGGGUUCAUCGAGCAGGAAAAGACCUCUUUGUAAUGGUCUUAUCAAUCCUUACGAAGACAAGAGUAAUGAUUUUGUAUGCCCCAUAUGUUUUGAGAUGAUAGAGGAAGCUCACAUGACAAAGUGUGGCCACAGUUUCUGUUAUAAAUGUAUACGACAGAGUUUGGAGGACAGCAACAGAUGUCCAAAAUGUAAUUAUAUCAUUGACAACGUGGAUCAACUAUACCCCAACUUUUUAGUAAAUGAACUAAUCCUGAAACAAAAGCAGAGAUCUGAGGAGAAGCGUCUGAAGCGGGAUCAUCCGAAUGGAACCAAAUGGCAGGUUUUCCAAGACGUCCUUGGCGCAGAUCAAGAGAAUAUGGAUUUAGCGAAUGUCAACUAUGUCUUAGAGUACCUGUUGCAGAAAAAGAAACAACUUGAGGCGGAAUCCCAAGCCGCUCAGCGCCAAAUCCUUAUGGAAUUCCUAAAGGAAGCCAGAAGAAAUAAAAGAGAGCAACUGGAACAGUUACAAAAAGAACUAAACUUCUUGGAAGAGGAUAUUAAACGAGUUGAGGAAAUGAGUGGUAUGUACUCGCCAGUGAGUGAUAUGGACCACAAUUUAGACAGCACUGUCCCCCAGUUUGAAGCUCCUUCUCCUGCACCCAGCAGUAGCAUAAUAGACCCAGAGUACAUUCAACCCCCUUUUGGUGGAAGCUCACAGGGUAAAAGACAAACUUGGUACAACAGCACUUUGGCGUCCCGGCGGAAGCGACUAACCGCACACUUUGAGGAUCUGGAGCAGUGUUAUUUCUCCAAUAGGAUGUCUCGAAUAACAGAUGACAGCAGGACGGUUAACCAGCUAGAUGACUUCAUGGAGUGUCUAUCAAAAUUCACCCGUUACAACUCUGUGAGGCCUCUGGCCACCCUUUCAUACGCUAGUGACCUCUAUAAUGGCUCCAGUAUUGUGUCCAGCAUUGAGUUUGACCGCGACUGUGAUUACUUUGCCAUUGCGGGUGUCACUAAGAAAAUUAAAGUGUUUGAGUACGGAACUGUGAUCCAGGAUGCCGUGGACAUUCAUUAUCCUGUCAACGAGAUGACAUGUAACUCUAAAAUUAGCUGUAUCAGCUGGAGUAGCUACCACAAAAAUCUUUUGGCCAGCAGCGACUAUGAAGGGACCGUCAUUCUGUGGGAUGGGUUCACAGGGCAGAGGUCAAAGGUCUACCAGGAGCAUGAAAAGCGAUGUUGGAGUGUGGAUUUCAACCUCAUGGAUCCCAAGCUCUUAGCGUCAGGAUCAGACGAUGCAAAAGUCAAGUUGUGGUCCACCAACCUGGACAAUUCAGUAGCCAGCAUCGAAGCGAAGGCCAAUGUAUGCUGUGUCAAGUUCAGCCCCACCUCUCGAUAUCACCUUGCCUUUGGUUGUGCAGACCACUGUGUUCACUACUACGACCUGAGAAACACUAAGCAGCCCAUUAUGGUAUUCAAAGGCCACAGGAAAGCGGUAUCGUAUGCCAAGUUUGUCAACGGGGAAGAGAUCGUGUCUGCCUCAACAGACAGCCAGCUCAAACUCUGGAACGUGAACAAGCCCCAUUGCCUCCGCUCCUUCAAAGGCCACAUCAAUGAGAAGAACUUUGUGGGUCUGGCAUCUAAUGGAGACUAUGUAGCAUGUGGAAGUGAAAACAAUUCGCUCUACCUGUAUUAUAAGGGGCUCUCCAAGACGCUUCUCACUUUCAAGUUUGACACUGUGAAGAGUGUCCUGGACAAGGACAAAAAGGAGGACGACACCAACGAGUUUGUCAGUGCGGUCUGUUGGAGAGCACUACCUGAUGGGGAGUCAAACGUGUUGAUUGCAGCCAACAGUCAAGGAACAAUCAAGGUACUCGAGCUGGUCUGAAGGUCCACUUAAAAUGGUCAUUGGAGCCUUUUAAAGAACCGUCGCUUCACUGGCACUUUCAUAAAAGAGGGAUGACGCUUGGAGCAAACAUUUCCAAGAACACGACCAGCAGAACUGGUUUUUAUCAGCAUUACAUUUGUAAAAGACUCGGUCAUUCUGCGUCGUCAUACUAUCGCUGUAUGUGAAAUGUCGAGAUGAGGACCUGUUCGUGCUGACAGGGAGCUGGUUGUGAAUGCCUCUUUUUGACAAAAAAAAUCUUCGAAUAAAGGUAUUAACAAAGUUAUAGCUUAAUAACAGAACAUCUUGAAAUGUGGAGGGAAUGAAGCGCUUGGAUUAAACCUUUACUAGAUAUGAUUCUAGCCAGAACAAGAGCUAUGAGACAUUUAAGGCCAAAGCACAAGACCAUACCACAAUGAAAUACUUUUUGUUGUAUAAAUUUCGAUUCUUUUGAGCCUGUUGUGUCCAUAUACUUUUUUUUUCCCCAUACACUGCGUCUGUAUAUCCAUAAGAUGUGUAUAAGCUUUGGCAUAUUCCGACAGUCUCCCGAAAUGGAUUACUGGACCUCUUUAGCUUUUUUUGGUUGGUAUGUGGACAUUAUAUUUUGUGUAUUCAUAAUGAACUCAUAAUUUGGUAUUUACUUUUAAAUUGAUGUACGUUCCCCAAUGUCCUACGCCCGAACAACCUCGGUAUGAGAUUGGUUUUUCGCGGUUUCACAUCUCUACAGGCAAAGGACGAUUUUUCUACGAUCCCUGUGGCGGUUUCACGUGGUCACACAUUUUUAAGCGUGGACUGAAUGAUAACUGGUCAGAUCUUAAUGACACUAUGUAUACAUCAUUUGGAUUAUUUAACAUCACACCCGUUACAUUGCUGCUCUCUCAUCUUUGAGUUCUUGUACAAGUGUUAUUUAUUUUGAAUAAUUUAUAGAAAUUGUGUAAACAUUGGACCCGUCAUAGCAUUUAGGUUUCAAGCUUUAUUCACAAGUUCUCUGUUGCAGCCCAGUAAUUCUGAUUAUUAUUUACUCCUUUUAACACGUUCAUUUGAAUAAAUAAAUGAUUCUUUUUUUCA